AACCCCGGAUUCAGGCGGACAUUACGCAGAACAUUCCAGCUCGACAGACGGCAGCAGAAUAACCAGCGACAUGUCUGACGAGGGAAAACUCUUCGUCGGCGGACUCAGCUUCGACACGACGGAGCAGUCCCUUGAAGAAGCAUUCUCAAAAUAUGGGGCCAUUUCAAACGUUCACGUUGCCAGAAACCGGGAAACACAGGACCCGCGUGGUUUUGGUUUCGUCACAUUCGAGAACCCGGAAGACGCGAAAGACGCAUUAGAGGGAAUGAAUGGACAGUCUGUCGACGGUAGAACGAUCCGCGUGGACAAGGCCGGAAAGCCCGGUGGCGGAGGAGGUUACCGUGGUGGCGGAGGCGGCGGUUACCGUGGUGGCGGAGGAUAUGGCGGCGGUGGCGGAGGAUAUGGCGGCGGUGGUGACCGUGGAUAUGGCGGCGGAGGAGGCCGUGGAUAUGGCGGCGGCGGCGGUGACCGUAGCUACAGCAGAGGUGGCGGCGGAGGCUACUCUAGCCGCAGCGGGGGUGGUGGUGGAAGCUACUCCUCAGGUGGAGGCGGAGGCUACAGCCGGGAUCGGGACCAGUCUAGCGGCUAUGGUGACCGGUACUGAGACGGCUAUGACCGCUACGCUGUUGUCGACUAGAUAUCGGCCUGCUCCCUCUUUACCCCGAGAUCAACACCUCACAAAGAUGCCCUCCGCAAGAAACCAAUUGUUCAAGUUCUCUCUUUCUUAUUUUCUCGGCGAUUUGCAAAUCGCUUUUCUAUGUUGAAUUAACUUGCGUGCAUCUUUGUUUUGUGGGGAAACACAGAAAAGGGGGAUGUUAAGUUUCUGGCAGUAAAGUCAAAAGCUAAUCUGCCUCGUUGUCGGCUUCAGUUCAUUUGCCGCCAAAUCUUUGUCUUUAUCCAGUGGAAUCAGGCAGCCUCGUGUAAGAACCAAAAACGAUUCAACCUUUUUAUUUACUCAUUCAGAACAGUUUUGCUCCGAGAUAUCUAUGAACAUUAUGUCCCAAUUCCUUACGAUGACUUAAACUUUUUUAUAUGUAUUGUAAAGGCUACUUUCUAUGUCCAUCUGAAGAAUAAAGUAUCAACAGUCA